UUAAGCUUAUCUAAGAAGGGUUGAAUCAGAUUUCAGAUAUAACAUAACUUCCCAUUAAUAGCUUCUCUACUUCUCUUCUCUUUUAAUCUUCCGUUUUCUUUUCAGCCUAACAGAUAGGAUUCUCCAAGCCCAUCUUGUUUUCGAGUUUAGGUAAAAUUUUCAUUAUCUUUAUUUUAUAGGUUGCUCUCCAACAAACGCAGCAGACUGCACUUUGAUUUAUUGCCAACUCAUCCCAGCAGCAGCAGCAGCCCAUGUCUCAGAAUGAAUCAGAGCUUACUCAGUUGCAGCCCACCAUCAUCAAGAACAGCAAGAGACAUCAUCAAGUAAGUUUUUGAAUCUUUGCUGCUCUUUGAUUUGUUUCUUCGUUGUUUUCUCAUACUGUGUUAUUUUAAUUAGUGCCGUGAAUUCUUUUUCCCCGUAUACAGUUUUCUUUUAGUCCAUGUUGUUGCUUUGCGUUUCAUUUCUACUAUAGGAAGUAAUUUUCUUUCCAACUUGAGGAGAUUACGAGAAUCUCUUCUUCAACUUGGCUCUGCUCAAAGAUGCUCCUCUUCCUAUCUUCUACAGAUUCCACAGCUCGAACAGGACAUGAAAAUGGGGGUGAUUGGCAAGGAGAGGUCUACCAAAAGAUCAAGGCCAUGAAAGAGACAUACUUCUCUGAAUUAAAUGAGAUACACCAGAAAAUUGCAGCCAAGUUGCUGCAGGUAGAGGUAGGUUUAUCCUUUCACAUAAUCAACCUUCAAAGACUAAUCGAAUCCAACUGCAGGAACCUAUGCCUCCCUGUAUCUCUAAAUUGAAUAUGGAGAGGACUUCACUACACUUCAGGAAGCUUUCAGUCCCAUACCGCUUUUUAAUUGCUACUUGAAUCCCUUUCCUGUAACACUCCUAUACCCCGUCCAAUCGUACGACUUCAAGUAACCUAAAAUAGAUAGAAUUUCAAGAGUUUACAUUUUAGUCCCUAACACAUGGAAACACAUUUGGUCUACAUAUGUAUAUGUCGUUUUAAUUCAAACUAUGGUACCUACUCUUAAAGCUCUUGAGGAUGUGAUGAGAUGAGAAAUCUCCAACCCGAUUCUACCUCUUCGAGUCUAAUUGUACC